AAAAGAAAGCUCUUUUGAAUAAAAAUGGCGACUGGUCUUGGAAAGGGCAAGAUGGUGACUGUGUUGAGCAUUGAUGGAGGUGGCAUCAGAGGGUUAAUUCCAGCCACCCUCCUCAGCUUUCUUGAAUCAAAGCUUCAGGAAUUGGACGGGACCCAUGCAAGAGUUGCAGAUUAUUUCGACAUAAUUGCAGGAACAAGUACAGGUGGCCUAGUCACCACCAUGCUUGCAGCUCCCAACAACGACAACCGUCCCAUGUAUGCUGCAAACGACAUCACCAACUUCUAUUUAGACCACUGUCCCAGGAUUUUCCCCCAGAAGAGUUUCAAACACCCUCUGAGUUCAUUGACAAGCAUGUUCGGUGGCAUGACGGGGCCAAAGUACAACGGGAACUACCUGCGGGAAUUGACAAACGAUCUACUUGGGAACCUAACUUUGAAGCAGACCCUAACGAACGUGAUCAUCCCAGCCUUCGAUAUCAAGCUCCUCCAGCCAGUGAUCUUUUCAACCAAUGAUGCAAAAUUGAAUGAUUUGAAGAACGCUAGGCUAGCGGAUGUUUGCAUAGGCACCUCUGCAGCCCCCACUUUUCUUCCAGCACACUACUUUGAGACAAAGAAUGCCGAGGGAAAAACUCGCUGCUUCGAUCUCAUUGACGGUGGAGUUGCUGCCAAUAACCCUACUAUGAUUGCCAUAAGCCAGAUUUUGAAAGAAACGUUGCUGCAAAACAGUGGGUUAAAUGAUGUAAAAGAGGCGGAGUACGGCGAGGGAAGGCUAGUUCUAUCAUUAGGGACGGGAGAGGACAAGGUUGAAGAGAAGUAUACGGCAGCCAAUGCGUCCAAAUGGGGUAAGUUUCGUUGGGUGUAUGACAAGAGCAGUCGCGCCACUCCAUUCCUUGACAUAUAUGGCGAUGCAAGUUCUGAUAUGGUUGACUUUUACGUGUCCGCGCUCUUCCAAGCCCACGACCGUAGGAACAACUACCUCCGUAUUCAGGAUGACAAUUUGACCGGAGAUGCGCGGUCGGUUGACAUUGCGACCGCCGAGAAUCUGGAAAGGCUUGUGGAGAUCGGGAAGGAGCUAUUGACGAAGCCAGUGUCGAGGGUGAAUUUGGAAACUGGGAGGUUCGAGGAAAUUAAGGACAAGGGUACUAACAAAGAAGCGCUUGCCUACUUCGCCAAGCUGCUUGUGGAGGAAAGGAAGCACAGGCAAAACCAGUGAAAGUCAUGCCGGCCGGGGAA